AUGUCUAGUUUAACAAUUACAAGCGCAAAACUUGCCCGAGUGCCACCGAGCAUUAAUCGUAUCCCAGCGCUGCGUGAAAUCGUGAUAGUUUUAACAAAGAUUCGGUACAUCGAUUUGACAGUGUUUUGCGAUCACUCGUUAUUGGUUGUUUUAAAUUUGAUUGAAAACCGCAUACAAUACCUAACAAAUACUGCGACGAAACGUUGCAGCGUGUAUGAUUCGCUAGAAGUGUUAAUGCUUUCGAAGAACUUGUUGACUGUGGUUAAUUUCGAGAUGUUUGGCGUGUUUACGGCAGUGAGACAUUUAGCGUUCAGAGGAAAUAAGCUUACCAACUUCACGAUAGAAAGCUUAGCAGGAAUGGAUGAGUUACGAAAGUUGGAUCUUUCGCUAAACAAUCUGACUUCAGUAACGUUAAACAGUGAUCUUUUUCCAAAGAACUUAGAUAGCAUCGACAUCAGCGAUAACAACUUGACAGGACUGGAUCUUUCCUACAUACCGGUACAAUCGCUUAAACUUUAUCUAGAAAGAAAUAAAAUUGAACGGAUUGACAUAAACAGUCUAUCCUGCAACAUUACCGCACUCACAAUGACAUAUAAUCCGAUCGAUUGUUCUUUCGAAACCCCCCUGGAACGGAAGAUGCAGCAGGAAAAAUGUGUCGUAAAUAAUACGCAAGGAAUGGUUGACGACUAG